UAGAGUCUACCCUCAUAUGCAAUCACUCAUUACACUGUAUGUAAAAAUGAGAACAGAGAAUGAGAAUGMUUUUACAGCAAAUAGUUGUAUGACAACCAUUAGCUUCAAUUUCUUAUUUUKAUUAUCUGCAAAAAUAGAUGGAGUUUGUGUAACAAUAGUCUUCUUGCCUUCCUUAAAGAGGCUAUUUUAGUGCUCCYCACUAAGGGAUGGUGCAAAAAAGACUGUUUGCAAGUUGACGUUGUAAGCGUUGUUCAUUGACAUUACAUAAAUACUAGUAUAAAACAAUCUAAACGAAUAUUCAAUGAUGAAGGUCACAGUACAAGGGUUUUUGCUCAUUCAAGGAUUUUUCAAUGAAAUUUUCCAAAUAACUGCUAAUACAGUAAAUUUCAAAGCGCGCCAAAACGCUCCCCCUCCCCUCCCGUGGGUAGGUUUGACAAGGCCGCGCGUGCGCACCUGCUGCCUGUCACGAGUAAACGGGAGAGUGUUCUUAUGAAUGCACGUUUUGAUGUUUUUAGAAGGCAUAGUUCUUUUUAAAUGUUUUGCAUUAACUCAUGUUCUACAAGCCACAUGCACAGACCCAUCGUAUGAUAGGCUUUGUUGGGAACACUUAAGGUUGAGGAAGAUAUGACCGCCAAACAAGAACUUCUUCAAGUAAAGUUGGAGUUCGGCCACAAAGCUUCUUGUAGAAAUCGUCCUACUCCGGARGGUUUUACUCAUGAUUGGAUUGUCUUUGUUCGAGGUCAGGAUGAUAAAGAUAUCUCUCACUUUGUGGAGAAAGUCGUGUUCAAUUUGCACGAGAGCUUCCAUAAGCCAAAACGAGUGAUCAAAGAACCACCUUAUAAGGUAGAAGAACAUGGUUAUGGKAGUUUCAGUUUACCUAUUGAUGUAUACUUCAAAAACAAAGAACAACCUAAGACUGUACGGAUUGAGUAUGAUCUGUUUUUACCUGCAUUUGGCAAUCCAACCAUCCACAAUAACAGAACAGAGGCUCUCAAGUUUCUCAACCCCCCUGAAGAAUUCAAGAAGAAAGUCUUGAAAUCUGGAGGAGAAAUGCUCUACACAGUUAAUGGUAGUAAUAGUUCACCAUCCACUUCAAGUAGCACUAGUAUUAAUGGAAAUCCUUCUCAAAUCCACAAGGAAAGUAAUGGUAAAGAAAUGAAGGAGAGCUCUUCUACUAAUGAAACAGAGAAARCUAAAAAACCAAAACUGGAUAAACAGAUUAAAACAAGUAAUUCAGGAAAUAAAGUUACUUCAUCAAGCAACAAAAGACCAUCUGAUGAUGAUGAAAUUUUGCCGAAAGUUAAGAAGAAGAAAAAGAAAGUGGAGGAGAGUCCGCAAUUGAAUGUUAAAUCCACCGGUUUUAUACCCAUUGAACCACCAGCUGCAGGCGAAGAAGAGCAACAUAUUAUGGGAAAUAGUAAAGAUGUAAAAAUGAAAAUUAAAUCACUUCCAUCRUCUAAAACGUCUAAGAAACCUGCUAAGCCGCCCGAGAAGCAACUAACAGAUAAACCCAAAGAUAAAAAGAAAGACAAACUGAAUAAUAGUUCAGAAGUGAACAAUAGUACUGGUACACAUUCUAGUAAUGGUGAUACAAGUAAGAAGAAAGCAAUUAUAAGCUCAAAGACGAAGGUGAAAUCCCCUGAAGAAACUAAACCAAAGGUGUCUAAACUUGAAGAGAGAAAAGUGGAAAAAUUGAUGUUUAGACGGGAAUCUGGCGAUAGUUGGAGCAGUAGUACAUCAUCAAGUUCUCCCAGUUUGCCUAUAUUAGGGAAUAGCAUCAUUGGUAAAAAUAAUGCAUUAGGAACACUCAUGGCUGAGUUAUUAGAUCAGGAUUAUGAAGAUGAGGAAGAUAUUGAUAUUUCAACYCCUUUUCAGAAUGAUACUUUGAGCUCCAAAUUAGACUCAUCUUUGUCCAAUAAUAAUAUUUUGAAUAAGAAAGACAAUAAAUCUAUUAAACAGAAGUCAAAAACAACUGAACUCAAAGACAAGAAAGUUGCUAAAAAGACUACAAGUCAUAGCUCGAAAAAUGGACAUCGUAAAAGCCCAACAAAUGCAUCGAAGAUAGUGGAAUCUUCCAAAUCAUCAAGCAAGCUCAAUUCUAAAAGUAAACCAAGAAGUAAGAAUGAGAAAAAUGGACACCAAAUUHCAGACUUGGUUGAUUUACACAAAGAAUUGUCAUCCCUGAAAGACAGUGAAUGCCUUCAAAGAGUCGUUGACAUCCUUGAAAAAUCUGGCUGCUUUGCAAUCACAGAUACUAAUCUAGAAUUUGACCUGGUAAGAYUAGACAGAACAACAAUUCAACAGAUACAGAAAUGCAUCAAAAGAUAGAAUUAAACAUUUUGUUGGUUGAAGUUUUCUUGGAUACAAAACACAAAGCAAUGKUCAUGAACAAGAAUGGCAUUUAUUGGCAUGAAAUGUCAAUAUGAGACACUUUUGUCCACUUUUUCUCAUCCACUUUUGAAACAAAAAUAUAUCAAUUGACUUCUUAUUCACAGCUAAUAAGUUAUGUAAAAAAAUAGUUCAAACAGUACUUUCUUCUUGGAGACUCACAUAAAACCAAAGAGAAAGCUGUUCUUCAUGUCAUUGAGAUGUAAGGGCUGAUACUUGAAUACACCUACACUUUCAAGCUUCCUUUCUUGAUAUUAAUURUUGUAUUUAAUGUUUUACUAAGCUGUGCUUAAUGAGCUUUAGUCAAUUAUUGCAGCACUAAAAGAAACUUAAAAUCUGUCCAUGCUCAUAAGUUUUACGUAGUUCAUAAAUUCCUUGUGAAUCAGCAUCUAGCGUAUCUUUGUAAAAUGGUCUUAUACAUAUUCUUUAUGUAUUAGUUACUUAACAGACAACUGAGAGUAGUUUCCACUAGACUGUGAAACAGAAAAAGUGUAAUGAUUGAUAUUGGUGGAUGAAGUAAUUGGUAUCUUAUUGUUAUACAUACAUUUAAUGUUCACUGUCCGUGAAAACCACUCCAGCUUGCCUCAAUUUGUCAGUAUUUAUUUUCUCUCUAAGCUUUUAUUUGUACUUUUUGCUCAUCUCAAAUAUCUAUUUCUCUAUUUGUACAUGGUUUUAGGCUGAAAAAAAUAUAGCUUUUUUAAAAAGAUUGCUAAAGAAAAUGCAAUAAAAUAUUGCAUGACUGAAAAGAACUUUGGGAUUGCAUAUUAAUAAUGUAUCUGUAGUUCACUACCAGGUAGAGGCACUGUGUGCCACCUAGGCACAAUGGCAAAAGAGAGCGUUUCCUUGUCAUGCAUUUAACAAUAGAUAUUUGCCAUGCCUGCUAACAAUCUUGUUUUAUAGUAGCUUUAGCCUGUAUUUAACUCUUUUUUUAUUUGGAAUUUUGGACUGUGAUGUAGGGAAACGUGGGUUGGGCUUUCAACAGUUUGUAGACUUACUUUGUACACAAAAUAAUAUUCCUGUUAUCGCAUUUAAAUCAUGCAACUGUACAAAAUCUAAGUAGUACUAAUUUGUACUAAAAGUGGACUUGAAGCAAGACAGUAUUGAAUGCUUCAUUUGUAUCAUUUUAAUUUAAUUUGCGUACAGCAUGCAAACUUUACUAAAUACAACUAAAUAGCACUAUUUAKUUUGUACAGUUGCACGGUUUAAGUACAAUCACUCCUUCACUCAAUUUAUGAGUAGCGAUUUUGAUCUAGUUACAUAUUAUCCAAAAAGUGACUGAUAGCAGCUGCAAACUGUAUGACAUUUUGUUUUGACCUUUUGAUUAAUCUUCAUUUGUAAUUUGCAGCUAUUAGUUUUGUAUUCUAUGGUACUACUCCUCUGCUUUUGCUAGUCUGUUUUUCAACUAAAUUAAUUGUAAAAAAAGCGCAAUGCUUGCAUAGAUAUAGAUAUAGUUUUCCACUUCUUUAGAUGAAUAUUGUAAAAUAGAUUUGCAAAAAAAAAAACAACUUGUAAAAUAUAACUACRGUAUUUAAUAUAAGAUCACGUAGAGGUUAUGGGUUGUUAACUGGUAUUAUGGCUAACUUUUAAUUUGAAGAAGAAAAACAAAUCAUUUAGCUGUAGUAUCUAGGAGAACCCUAUUUCGUAUUAUAAACAGCCUCAUACAAUGUGCGCUCCCUAAGGGUUUAUUCAUACUGUGAGAAAAAAUACAAGGAAGUGUUCCCACUUGAAUUAAAAGCUUAUGACGUGCUGGCUCUCACUCAGCUUUCAACAGACAAGUUGAAAAUCAAUACAUGCAGAAAAAGGAGACAUUUUCAUUUUGUCCUCCACAAAAACAUMAAGAACAAAGAAAUUUGUUUGCUCCUCACUUCCACGGAAAUAGUAUUUUUUUUCUUGGAGUAAAGAUUUAACAAAGAAAAUUCAUGACUAGGUGUCAAAAAAAUGUUUUUACUUGACAAAGCUUCAUACUUAUGCUUUUUUCACAGUGAAUCAGCCAUUUAGCAAUGUUAAGAGGUACGCUUAAGAGGUAUUAGGAACUCCAAAACCUUAAACCAAAUGUAAAUGUACAACAAGCUAGUUGGUACCUACUACAGUAUAUACAUUUGUACAUAUCAAAAGUUUUGUACUUGUCUGUCAUAAUUAUAUCUUAUAUCCAAAUAGUAUUACUCUAAUAAUUUAUUACAAAAUUAAUAAARAAUUUCUGUACCAUGAA